GCUUCUCCCCGCCCCCAGACAAGGGCACGACUGUCUCCGAGCUCGGAACGGAAAGAAAGUUUGGGCCUUUCCGGCCACCAUCCGCUACAAUAUGGCGUCCCCCAGGGAGAGGCGAGAGUUGAUGUCCAAGUAGAGAUUCUAAAGGCUUCCUCGAAUGGAUCGUAGCGCAGAGUUCAAGAGAUGGAAGGCGCAGUGUCUGAGCAAAGCGGACCUCAGCCGGAAGGGCAGUGUGGAUGAGGAUGUGGUAGAACUUGUGCAACUCCUGAAUGGGCGAGAACAGUACUUCACCACGAGCUCUUGCGCCGGGCGCAUCAUCCUCCUAGACGGGAGUAUAAAUGGUUUUGAGGUUCAAAAGCAAAAUUGUUGCUGGCUACUGGUAACACACAAACCUUGUGUAAAAGAUGAUGUGAUUGUAGCUCUGAAGAAAGCAAAUGGUGAUGCUGUUUUGAAAUUUGAACCACUUAUUCUUCAUGUGCAGUGUCAACAGUUGCAGGAUGCACAGAUUCUGCAUUCAGUGGCCAUAGACUCUGGUUUCAGGAACUCUGGCAUAACUGUGGGAAAGAGAGGGAAGACUAUGUUGGCUAUCCGGAGCACUCAUGGCUUAGAAGUUCCAUUAAGCCAUAAGGGAAAACUGAUGGUGACUGAGGAAUAUAUCGACUUCCUGUUAAAGAUAGCAAAUCAAAAAAUGGAGGAAAACAAAAAGAGAAUUGAAAGGUUUUACAACUGCCUACAACAUGCUUUGGAAAAAGAAACUAUUGCUAACUCACAUCCCAAAGAGAAAAUCAAAGACAAAAAUAAUUCAUCAUAUACUCCUAAGAAAGAAAGAAAUCCAGAAGCAUGUGGCAAAUGUAUUACUGAAGAAAAUGAUAAAGAACUUGAAAAUGAUGAUGAUCUAGGAAUCAGUGUUACUAUCUUCCCUGAAGAUUACUAAGAUUUGGUCUUGGUAGUAUAAUGUUUCUAAUAGAUAUUCCAAAGCUGCUCUUCAUAAGAGUAUUUUAGUUUCCUGAGUGUAUGAGCCACUCAGAAAAGCAAGAUUUAUUCUUUCUCUAUAUUUUAGAGAAAUCCCUAACUUUUCAAAGUAAGUAUGUAUAAUAUUUGCUUAUUAAAUACCAUCUGUUUUAGUAACAUAGAGAUUUCAUUGCAAAAAUAAAAUUGACUGGAGCUCCUGGGUGGCUCAGGCGGAAGAGCGUAGGACUCUCGAUUGCAGGGUCAUUGGUGUGAGCCCCACGUUGGACAUAGA